AGUGUCGUGGCAUGAAAUGGCAUAACAUGCAAUUCAGGAGCCCGUGCUGGCUGCCAAUUCAGACAUGUCUUAUCGGCUGUGGAAUGUUGCUGGCAACAGGCCUUUGCCCUGUGCCAAGCAUCUUAGUGCCGGCUUCAGCCUGACCUAGAACGAUCUUUUGCCAGAGCCAUGGGCCGGAAAAUCUGGCUUCUGCUGCUUGCCCCAAGCCUUGCUUGGAUAGGACUGUGCCCUCGCGCGCGAAGGCCUAGGCGGAACAGCCAAGACUUCGCCUGUGAAUGAACGGGUUGUGUUGGCAGUCUCCCCUUGGCGACGCUGAAGUCAUCCGAGGUUUGGCAAUGCGAAUUGUCCUUGCGAAGCUCUCCACAUGUUGGCGGCAGGUUGCCGUCCGAGGGGCGACAGUGGACGUGCCGCCGCCGCCUAGCCAGGCGAGCGAAGGAGGAGGAGGCGACGGGUAUGAGAUUCGAUUUGUGGACAAUCAGGAGCGUCAGCGGAUCGCGCAGCAAUGGUUGACCGUGGCUUCGCAGGAGGAGCGCGAAGUCCUGGAGCAGAAGGUGCUGCCAUUUCGCUCUACUCAGUAUUUCACUGGCAAGAGCCGGCUUUGCAUUGGUGCCUUCGUUGGCGAGACCUGCCAGGGCCUGGGCUUGACGGAGGUGCGUAUGGACAUCCAGGACGUCAUUGGCUGCGUUCCUUGGAGUUUUGCAAGACUUACGGAACCAGGACUUGGCUGCCUUUUUCAUGGACAACAGGGUCUUGCGGGUUCUGGCACUUGUGACCAGACCUCGCGUCCAGAGCGAGGCCGCCCCGCUCAUUCUGCAGGCAGCCAAGCAGCUGGCAGAUGAAACGGGGUACCGCGCCGACUUCCAGCCCCUGGAAGAGCAGAGCAGCGGGCGGUACUGGGUGCUCGCGCGGUCACUGUUUGACUUGUAGCCAGCCUGCGUUAGUCUUGCGCGCGGCUUUGGUCACAGAGGCACGCAUUGGCCAUGGGGUGGUCUCCUUCUAUAGUAUCGGGCUAGCAC